AAGCGUCAAAAUUUAGAUCGAUGCUUUAAAAUCGCCGUCUUUUGGGGUAACGGCAGAAGUUGAUCCCAACGUGUUUAUCCAAAAACAUGUUAUUGCGCUCUAUCCGAUCUUUAUAUCAAAUUAAAUGUCAAGUAUCGUGUUCCAUACGAAAAAACAUUAGAAAUAACUGUUUGCCUUCUUGAUCGAGUGUUUUGUUAGUGAACGUAUUCAGCAAAUACCAAGGGAGGUUUCGUUUUUUUCAAUUAUGCCUAAAGGAAAGAAAAAAUCCAGAUCUGAUCGCCACAGAAUUGAGGGCUCAUUGCAAACAUCCGAUGAUGACUCUUAUCCAAACGAUAACAUGAGCGUUCUGAGCAACUACUCAGAGAAUUGUAGCGUGGAAGAUGGCAAUGAGGGUGACGAUUUUGCUCAGGAGAAUUUUGAAGACAAAUUGGUGGAGUUAAUUGAUGGGUUGUCCCAAAAAUCUUCUCAAGGACGCGUUACCAGCUACAAAGCUUUCACAAAGGCGCUCAUAAAGAAAUAUAUGCCCAGUUUUAUCAGAGACAGGACAUUUACGCUAUGCGAUUGCAUCGAGAAAAGUUUGAAAAAGGGGGCAGCUGCAGAGAAAUCCGCCGCAGCUGAGUUGGUAGCUGUGAUUUGCGUGCAGCUGGGCACUGAAGAUGCUGGGGAGGACGUCUGUAGAACUAUUAAACCGCUGUUGCUGUCCAUGGCUUGUGAUAAGUCAGCUACUCCAUCAGUCAGAGCAGAGUGCUGCACAGCUUUGGGCAACAUUGCCUUCUUGUCAGGCAGCGAUAUGGCAGAAAAUCUAACCCUGAUGCAACAGUUUGAGUCGAUUUUCUCAGGGAGUUUUUUGAAAGGCGACGGAUCCGUACCGACCACCACUCCAGAGGCUGGAGUAAUGCAUGCUGCAGCAUUGAAUGCUUGGACAUUACUGUUCACCUUGAUCGGGCCUGGAAAUAUUGGAACGAUGAUCAACAAUUCCAAAUCUUUACCGUCUUUGGAGCACAUUUCUGAACUACUCCAGUCUGCUCACCUGGAUGUACGUAUGGCUGCCGGUGAAGCUUUGGCUCUGAUUUUCGAAGUAGGCAGAGCGGAGAAUGAAGCUUUUGAGGAAGAUUUCGCUGACGAAGUCACAGAAACUUUAAAACAACUUGCCACAGACUACCACAAGUACAGAUCUAAGAAAGAUAGAAAGCAACAGAGAGCUACUUUCAGAGAUAUACUCCAGUUUAUUGAAGACGAUACUACAAACGAAGUUCAAGUAAAAAUAGGUAAGGAAGUCUUAUUGCUUGAUACGUGGGUGAAAAGGAAACAGUAUGACGCCCUGUGUACCAUUUUGGGGCCCAGCAUCAACAACCAUCUGCUAGAGAACGAUUUGAUCAAGGAAAUCUUCGAGAUUGACGUCACAAUAGUGGACAGCAAAAUACCCGCCUAUGCUCAACUGCAGAUGGAAAGGCAUAGAAAGAGAGUACAAAACGCGGCCAAUUUCAAAGCUAGAACAAUAUCCAGAGCAAAAAACAGGGAUAAGCGAUCAGAUUUCUAAGAGAAAAAACGCAAAAAUACGAUAAAAUUUCAAUUUAUUUAUAUAAUUUAGUACAAUUUUACAUGUUUUUGCUUGCAUUAAUUAAUACCGUUCGAUCGAAGGAAAAAACAGCGGCACGGUUGCUUAGAAAUACCGUAAAAAUAUAUGGUAAGAUUCAUAAAUCGUAAUUUCCAAACCUACUUGACGCCGUUUUUUUUCUCGAUCGUGUCGUAAAUGUAUAUUAAAUAUUUAAACGUGAUGCAUAAUUAUAGUUAAAAAUUUUAGGUGAAGUUGUUUGUGAUUAAUCAAAUUUACAAUAUCUUGUUGUAAAAAUAUCGCAGAUGUGUUUUAGAUAAUAAAUAAUGGUAAUAUUA